AUGGAGAAAGUCCCAGAUCUGCACAAGACGGAGGAGCUAUCGGCCAUCGCGGUGGACUACUGCCCUGAGGUAUGCCAGCAUUUUCCAGAGCAGCGAGAGAUCUCGGUGACUUUCGAUGAGCGCGGUGGUGCUCGCUGGAGGAGCACCCGCAGGUUUAGCAGCGGAACUUUCAGCGCCAAGAUCAAGACGCCGUCGGGGAACACGAGCGGCCUCAACUCGAGCUUCUACCUCUCGACGCUCGAGGGGCCGAGAGACCAGGACGAGAUCGACUUCGAGUUCCUAGGGAAGGACAAGGGAACCGUCCAGACCAACUUCUACACGCACGGCACGGGCGGCCGGGAGGUGAUCCACGAUCUCGGCUUCGACAGCUCGCAAGAGUUCCACGAGUAUACGAUCAAGUGGGAGCCAGACAGGAUCGAGUGGCUCGUGGACGGCAAGUCCAUCCGGGUAGCCGAGAAGAAAAAGAAGAAAGUCAACGAGGGUCUUUGGGCUGGUCCUUACAUCGGCUGUGACGUGCCUUACGUGUGUGUGUACAAGGACGUUUUUGUUCCAUGCCAUUGA